AUGGUGGUGGACAUGUCGGGGCUCCACUCCCUGAUGAUCAGAUUCUGUCGGUGUGCCAACACACUAAGCCCUGACAUGCAACCAUUUGAAAUGGGACUCUUCCCAGCAUCUUUCACUUCACUGAAGACGGCAUUCACAUUUGCAGUGUUGAAUGACUUCCUGUUGGACAAUCUGGAAUGCAGGACUUCCGCCAUGAACUACUACAUGAGUGACUUUGAUGUUCUCCACUGCAUCGCUCACAAUGGCCAAAAGGACCGAUACAGGGAAUUGAUGAGGGUGGGUAGGCAGUGGAAGCAAGUCAAACAGCUCAAGUGGCAUAGGUUUGGCUAUGAGAAGAGAAAGCCAAAGGCAGGGGAGCUCGUACUCUUCUGUCCUGCAUGUCCACAACCCAGGGUAAAUGUCAAUUCAUCAGACAGGAAUGGGUCCAACCCUGCAUGGUUGUAUUCAAGAUCUUUGGUCAUGGAUGGCAAUUUCAAGGCCAAACAUUUGUAUCUGGCCAAUCCAACCAAUGAGGUGGCAUUGACCAAUGGCUUGGGCUUCAUGGUCGGCGAUGCCCAAUACAAAAUGCAUCUUGCUAAGGCACAGGACACAGUGCAGAGAUCAGAUUGCAACAACCACCAAGCAGUCAACCAGGCAAAUGUGUCACACCACAAGCUUGAGGCAACAGGGAUAGGUGGGUGUGCUUGCGCCAGACAUGGGUUUUUCAUUCCCCAUUCAAUGGAGGACUUUCAGAAGGGGGAAAGGCAGAUGAACAUGGAUUAUGCACUGUGCCAAGCUCUGGGGUACAAUUCUGAUGGGAUCAACCAUGCAUUGACAUUCUAUGACAUUAACUGUCAAUACCACAAGCAUCUCAACCAGCAGAUUGAGGAGUGGCCCUACCCUGACCUUCCAUGGGGCAUGGAGAUUGUUCCAGGCAUCAGGCUCUGGCAUGUCCACGGCCAUCAAGACAAAUGUUAUGUACAGUAUGCAUCCAACUUCAUCACUGGUGCAGCCAGGAUUGAUGGCAAAAUCAUGGAGACCCUUUGGGGAGUCCAAGACAGCCAAUAUGCAUUUGACCGGUUGACCGAGACUGCUGACGAUGACACCCUUGCCAAAUGGGAAGCAGAGGCCGCUGCCACUCAGGAUGACCAAAUUCAUAAUUCCAGUGCCAUGGACAUAUAUGAAGUUCAAUUGACCAAAGCACCAACAAGAAAACAGCAAGAGUUGCACCUGUUGAACUGGCAGGUGCAAUGGCCUGCCGGCAAGAUCCAUCAUGGUGCUGCAACAUGGCUGGCCUCUGGGAUCACACUCAAGGAGGCACAAGUAGCCCUCCUGAUUGAUGUGAACAAACUGGAAAAGUGGCUGACCAACACCCAGAAGCUGGCCAUCGCUUGGCGUUGCCAAAAAUGGCAAGACCAACUUGAUGAAUUUGUCAGGGUGGCAGGUACAUUCCUUGGCGAUGAAUUUGACAGCUAUGACCAGUUGGACGGCAUGACUGUGAUGUUGGAUUCUGUGGGUUCAUUAUCUGAUGAUCCAGAUCGGUCAAAUGAAGAAAAAUUUGAUAUGCCAGUCAAGUUCAAUCCUGAGAAUGUGGUUAUUCCAUUACCAUCCAACAUCAGCAUCAAAAGGUGUGCCAAGUGGGGCAUUGCCGACCUGGUGUUGCAAGAAAUAUCCUUAAGACAAGGCCAAGCAAAUGAUGUGUUGCAUGCCAUCCAGGUUAACUUGGCCAACAAGGCUGUUCUCUUUCACACCACAGUUCAGUCGGCAAAGUCACAAGCUUGGUUGACCAGGGCAUGGGCUUGCAUGCACUUGGUCAACAAGGUCCUUCACUUGAACAUGCAGAUCUACUCAAAAUGCUGCAAGCAGCUUGUCCAUCUUGGCACCGAUGAUUUAUUGACCGAAUAUUGGCUGUUAGAGAAGGCUGACUUAAAGGCUACUAUGGUGGUGGCAGACCUGAACACAUGCAGUCAAAGAAAUAGCAUGCUGGCAUGGUUUUGGUCCUUUGAUGUACAGGGGGAUUCCACAAGCAAUGACUGGAUGAAUGAAUGUGUGCACUUCGCUGACCUACCUAUUCCUGUUCAGUGCUAA